UUUAAAUGACGUAUGUAUAUGACAUUUUCAAAGGGAAAAUACUUUGGUUAUAAACAAAAUAAAGAAAAUUAUUUUCUAGAUUGUAUCUGAAUUUAUUUUAAUAAUUAACAUUGCUCCAUGGUUCAAAAAUUUUCACAAAUAAAAACAUAUAAUUCAUAAUUUAUAACGCUUGGAAAUUUAAAGAUCCAAAUUUAGGUGUAAAUAAAAACUUGUGCUCCGGAAAAUACGAAUUCAAUUUUAUAAAAAUUGAAUUCGAAAAGAGAAAUAGUAUUAAAAAUAUUACUUCUUUGCCAGAGUUCAAAAUCAUUAUUUCCUGGUAAAAAUGGGUGAAGAAUUUGAAACGCUGGAUCCAAGUUUAAAGAACAUAGUAGAACAAAAAUCAUUAAAGUGGGUUUUCGUUGGUGGGAAAGGUGGGGUUGGUAAAACUACUUGUUCAUGCAGUUUGGCAGUUCAAUUGGCUAAAGUUCGCGAAUCGGUCUUAAUAAUAUCAACAGACCCAGCUCACAAUAUAUCUGAUGCAUUUAAUCAAAAAUUCACGAAAAUUCCAACAAAGGUGAAUGGGGUUGAUAAUCUUUUCGCUAUGGAAGUUGAUCCAAAUGCAGGUUUAGGUGAGCUGCCUGAAGAAUAUUUUGAAGGAGAAAGUGAAGCUUUCAAAUUAAGUAAAGGGGUACUUAGUGAAAUCGUUGGUGCUUUGCCUGGUAUUGACGAGGCUAUGAGUUACGCGGAAGUAAUGAAAUUAGUUAAAGCAAUGAAUUUUUCCGUAGUAGUUUUCGAUACAGCUCCGACUGGUCAUACUUUACGUUUGUUGUCAUUUCCACAAGUAGUUGAGAAAGGUCUUGGAAAAUUGUUGCGGUUAAAAAUGAAGAUUAGUCCUUUUAUAAGUCAAUUUGGAGCAUUAUUUGGAAUGCAGGAUUUUAGUGCGGAUGCAUUAACGGCAAAAUUAGAUGAAAUGUUAGCAGUUAUUCGACAAGUCAAUGAACAGUUCACAAAUCCCGAUCAGACUACUUUUAUUUGUGUUUGCAUUGCAGAAUUUUUAUCCCUCUAUGAAACUGAAAGAUUAGUCCAAGAACUAACAAAGUGUGGAAUUGACACUCAUAAUAUUAUUGUAAAUCAAUUGCUUUUUAAACACAAAAAUCAACAGCCAUGUUCAAUGUGUGCUUCCAGAUAUAAGAUUCAAGGUAAAUAUUUAGAUCAAAUAGCUGAUUUAUAUGAAGAUUUUCAUGUUGUAAAAUUGCCACUUUUGGAAAAUGAAGUACGUGGUGUUGAGAACGUGAAGAAGUUUUCUGAGAAUUUAAUAACGCCUUAUAAUCCAGAUCAAUAGUUUCUUUCAGUUGCUUUAGAUUCAAGAUAACUUAUUUGCAUUAUUGUAUAUGAAAUAAAUUUAUUUCAUAAAUUAUUGUAAAUUAUAAUUUAAAGCAAGAAAAGUAAUUUAAAACAGUUUUCUUUUAUAUAAAUAAAUCAAAUUUAUUCAUCGUUUAUUACAAAAUGAACUAGAUA